AACAGGGGGGCGGUAGGUGAUCGCGCUCCUCUCGGCUCGGGGCUUUGAAAGCAGCAGCAGAUCGCCUGUCCCACAGCCUUUUGUCUCCUCCUGGGACAGAGCCUGUGGACUUGACAGUUAAGGAGACUUUCGAGAUGUCCUCCUGUUCUCCAGCGCCCACAGCGCAGCGUAUGAAGGGCACGGGCAGAUCUGGAGAUGUCGGCAGACUCAUUUGGAGCAGGCGGCAGCGAUGCCCAGCAGAGCCUACAGUCCUUUUGGCCCAGAGUGAUGGAAGAAAUCAGAAAUCUUACCGUGAAGGAUUUCCGUGUGCAAGAGCUUCCUCUUGCCCGCAUCAAGAAAAUUAUGAAACUGGAUGAGGAUGUGAAGAUGAUCAGUGCCGAAGCACCAGUGCUGUUUGCCAAAGCAGCACAGAUCUUCAUCACAGAGCUCACUCUCAGAGCCUGGAUUCACACUGAGGACAACAAGCGGCGCACACUACAGAGGAAUGACAUCGCCAUGGCCAUCACUAAGUUUGAUCAGUUUGACUUCCUCAUUGAUAUCGUCCCCCGCGAUGACCUCAAGCCUCCAAAACGACAGGAGGAAGUGCGUCAGUCUGUCGCACCGACUGAGCCGGUCCAGUAUUACUUCACUCUGGCGCAGCAGCCCAGUGCAGUGCAGGUCCAAGGUCAGCAGCAAGGCCAGCAGGUGGCUGCUCCCACCGCCACCACACUGCAGCCCGGACAGAUUAUCAUCGCUCAGCCCCAGCAAGGCCAGGUAUUGCAAGGAACCACCAUGCAGCAGCUGCAACAGGUGCAGGUUGCUCAAUCACAGGCGACCCCUAUCACGAGUGCUCCGGUGACCAUGCAGGUGGGCGAGGGUCAGCAGGUGCAGAUUGUGCAGGCAGCUGCACAGGGACAGGCUCAGGCACAGGCAGCACAGUCGGCUGGACAGACCAUGCAGGUUAUGCAGCAGAUCAUCACCAACACGGGAGAGAUCCAGCAGAUUCCAGUGCAGCUCAACACCGGUCAGCUGCAGUAUAUUCGCUUGGCUCAGCCGGUCUCAGGAGCACAGGUGGUUCAAGGACAAAUACAGACGCUUGCUACAAACACUCAGCAGAUUUCACAGACAGAAGUACAACAGGGUCAGCAACAGUUCAGCCAGUUUACUGAUGGCCAGCAGCUUUAUCAGAUCCAGCAGGUGACGAUGCCUGCAGGGCAGGAGCUGACCCAGCCUAUGUUCAUUCAGUCCACCAAUCAGACGGCCGACGGGCAGGUCACCACGCAGGUCAGUGCGGACUGAGGCUGUCGCCAACCACCGCCUACACUGAAGGAGAGGAGCCACCACACACCAACACCCAGUCCUUCCACUUCCCUUCAUCUCAUGCCAUAUUUUGAUCAAGUUCUCCAACUGGUUUAAUUCAGCAAUCAAAUAAUAAACUUCAGAUUUAGGAUUCGUAAUUUACCGUCCAAAAUACAUGUAUUGCUGAGUUGAGGACUCUUUACUUCAGUGCUGGAAUGAUCAAUGUGUUAUGGCAGAGAUUUGAUUUCUGCCAUAUUAAUUUCAACUCUGUCUUUUGCAAUAUGGCUAAAAGGUAUGAACCCACUGUCUUCCUUGCAGUAUAGGUAGAAUAUGUCCUUGUUUCACAGUUUAACGUGGAUAUGGGUAGAGAUUAUGCUUUCAGAUCUGUUCAGUGAUGGAGACAUUAGGGUGAGGUUUGUGAAACCUGAGCUGGGGGGCACUUCUUUUUUUCUUUUUUUAUUUUGAGAGAUUAUGCCAUCUCAUGAUGUGUAGAGUUCUAAACUUGAUUUAAAAAAAAGCCAUAAUCUACACAUUCUGUAUCUCUGUAGUUUAACUCUGUAAUUCUGUAGUAAUUGUAUUCGUUCAGUUGUAGUAUCUUGUAUAGUUUUGAAAUUUGAUAACAUUGUAUUUGUUAAAGGGCUUCUUAUUGUUGGGUUUUGUGUAUGCAAAAUGGUCCUCUUUGUGUGAAUGUGUGUGAAUGUGUAAUUGAUGUGUUUUCCUUGCGUGUUAUUUUUGGACCAGUUUUAAAGAGACUUCUUUUGCCCCUUGAAACUGAACUACUCCACUGUUACCUAAUUGUAAAAACACCUUAAUGAAAUAAAACCCCUUUUAUAUUAACAUUUUUAAUACCAGUUGUAACUUCUUUUUUUUUUUUUUUUUUUUUUUGAGUACCCUGUUGUUUUGUUUUAGAUUUUUUCUUCUUCAUAUUAUAAUUGUUGGUCAUGUUGUUUUGCAUGUAGUUGUGACUGCCAGCAUGAUAUGCAAUACCUAGGUACAAA